ACACGCCAAAACCACCGAUCCCGACCUCCGUCUUGUACAGGCGGAAACAUGCCUGCAUUCUGCUGUCAGGGAAAGCGAAGAAAAUAACGAGACACGACUGAUCUGUUUUUAAUAUUCCCAUGUUCCACAUGAGGGAGAUUAAGAUUGGAGAAAGCAUUUGUGUACUAGUAUUGCUUUUACUUGGGCUCGUGACGUGCUCGGGUGUUUUCGGAAGCCCUUUAACUGAUGAUGUUGCCACUCUGGAAACACUGAGUGAGAACAUUCCCAAUGACUACAGAAUACCUCUGGAUUUUAUCUCCAAGGACGUGGGUGGAACUUGCUGGCUACAUUUGAACCUGUUUCCAGUUGAAAGCAGUUUAAAGGCACUAUCACUCAGAUUUGGCAACCUGUCCAUGAACAAAGCAAACAUUACCAUAUUUAUAACCAUGCUGCAGGGCUUUCGUUUCACCCUUGACAGAGAGGAGCUGGAGUUCACAAUGCAAACAUUCAAUUGUCACUACAGACGGGUAAAAUGGCCCACAAGACGAUUCUUUGCCCAUGUUAAAGAUGUUCUUACUGCGGCUGGGUCCACCCUUGGCGAGUUUCAUCACUGUGCCCCUCCUCCUUGCCAGACCCGUGCAGCUCCACCUUUCACACCAGGUCAAAUUAGACAACAGAAUGGAUUGAACAGAGCGAUUCACGGGCUCUUGGCACUGUUCAUCAUCCCUUAUCUGGCGGUCCUAGUUCUUACUGUCAGAAUGGUAUUCAGAAGAGGAGGCUAUUGCCCACAAAGGAGGCAUGAAACGUCAAUCAGUUUAGAUGAGCUCCACGACAGAGCUGCAGAAAGUGGCCCUGAGCUCCAUAGCGGAGAUAUGCAUCUUCACACAGAGCCUCUCAGUGGAAAUGCAGGAGGGGACCCUCUAUCCAGCCCUCAUAGUCAACAGGACAGUGUGUGGGUGGAUUCUUUAGGGUCUGCAGAUACAGAAGUCUAAUCUAAAAUGCACGAGGGCAUCAAAGGAUACUGCAGUAUUUUUACUGGAAAUCUCUGGAUUUAUGAAGUGAACAAUGAAGGGAAUGGAAUAUUGGAAUAUUGUCACUGUGCCAUGGGGCAAAUGGGAGCAUUACAAAGGAAUUAUUUACUGUGAGACAGACGUGUGUAGGCUUACUCAUCAAGCCUUACCUGCUAACCACAAAAAUAUUGAGCUGAAGAGGCAAAUCGCAACUUGUGUUGAGCUCAACUAAUCAAUGAGAGACUGUUACUCUGGUAUGCCAUCCUACUGUAUAAAACAGCCAUGGGAAAACCUUUAUGACUUCAUCCGGCAGGAAGUGUGGCUCUUUGAUGAGCUUGUUGAGUGGCAGAGAGGCAUUUGUUGCAAUGCCCGCAGCAGCUCGCUGGCUUUGAGGAAGCCACUGGUCCUACAGGCCUCUGGGGGGAAGAUAAAUGGUUUUUUGUGCCAGCAACCCAUUGCAUGAGGAUGACGGUUUAUGCUGCACCACAAAUCCUCUUUGGAACAGAGCAUUUGCUUGUCUAGAAUACGUUUGAUUUAGAGCAUAGACAACAGUCUCGAGAUUUUUGGUGUUUUCAAACUCAUUUAUUGUCUUGUUUGCGGAUACUGAUGGAAAGGACCCGGACACAUCAGAUCCAUGUCUGUAAACAUUGUUCUACAUUGAUCCAUUUCUUCUGUAGGGAGUGGAUGUAACAUUGGGUCUAAUUUAUUUAUAAUUGCACAUGUGUGUUCUUUUCUAUUUGUGCAGAAAAGCUUCUGCCGGAUUCACAACAGGUACAUUUCCGCUUAAAUUUGUCCUUACUCUCACUCUAAUGCUGAUGAAUCUGUAAUAAGGGAAUUAUUAUUCGAAAUAAGGGAGAACGUGUCUGUGGUUAAUGGAAUAGUUCACCCAAAAAUAAACAUUCUCUCAUGAUUUACUCACCCUCAUGCCAUCCCAGAUGUGUAUGACUUUCUUUCUUCUGCAGAACACA